AUGGGGUCUCCGCUGUCGCCGCAUUUUGUCUGCCUCUCCAUAUUUAAUAAGAGAGGAUAUCAGCGGGAAAAAACGGGAUUACUGAGAGUCUUUCAGCUUGUUCCGGGGGUGGCCGAGAGGGAUGUACUGGUCCCACUGUGUGCAGCCCUGCAGCGCCGAGUGUCACAGCUAAAGCCAGCGGACUUGCAGCUGCUACUCUCCGACUUCUCGGCUAUUUAUACAGCCCAAUUCCUACCCUUUUUUUCCGCAGCAGCGCGGGUCCUGAAACAAUGCUGCCAGGAGGCACUCGAGCCUCUCCCUGCUGCGCAGCAGCCGGAAGGUCAGCAGGUGCACGAAGUUGCUGAAACAGCUACCGGCGGCUUCAACAACAAAAUCAAAAGCAAUAGUAGUAGCCAUUGGGUAAAGGCACCCAACCACAGGAAAGAAUGGCUGUCCCCUCUCCAAGCGUGUUUUCUUCUUCAUGCGCUGGGGCGGACGGACUUCCGAGACUCGGCCCUUUUCUGCGUACUUCUGGAGACGGUUGAUUGUGCUGUUUCUGAGCUGGUUGUGUACCGGCAACAGCGACAGAAACAAAGGGAGAGACUUGAUGCAGACGCGGGGACGCCGUUAGGAGAGAGAAAGGACCCUGCAGCUCUCUUAAGGGACGCAGGAGCACUACCUCUCAGAGGGCGCUUAUCUCCGGCAGCGGCGGAAAUAACUGGAGAGGCGCUGGUGAUGUGCACGAAGGGUUUGGCAAACCUCAACUACACUCCAACAAGAUCCCAACUCCGCCGUCUCGUAGAAGUGUUGGCUCCUUACCUGCUUAACGAGGAGCCUUCAGUACUGGGCCAUGUGCCUUCGGCGCGCCGGCUGCCGCUGCUUUUUGGGGCUGUCUCCGGUCUAACACGCCUUGGAGCCGGGCCUGUAGGCCUGCGGAGGCUGAUAGAGGAAGCCUGCUCCCAGCCCCUGAAAAGCAUGGGUCCUUACGAGCCAUGCGACCUCCUUGCCGCUGCUGCAGCACUAGAACCGGUGGCCGGGCUUCCACCUCAUGUCGCCGCAGCUGCCGUACGGACCCUUGAGGCCAGUUUAUUGCAGGGAAUGCUUCCUGCUACAGCAGUUCAACAGCUUUCAGGGCUUGCAGGAGAAGAGCCUGAAGCAUCACCGGCAGCUCCAGCAGCCUUCACUUCUGGGGUUGCAGGCUGUGCCGCCGUAGAUACUGAUGCUGCUGGUGUGAAGGGAGAUGGAGUGGGGGCCUUCGGGGCUGGACUAGUUAGUGAAGACGACCCUUGGGCAUCUGUGGGAGAUGCGCGUCUUAGUCCCUGCUCUCCCUUUUGGUCAGCCGCACAUUGUUACCUCCUUGCGGUUGCCGUUGGCCUGGCAGCAAUCCGUCCCUUUAUUUUUGCUAUGCAUCCCGCAUUUCGUGUUUCAACGUUGAGCAUUUUGGCCUCCCUGAAGGCCCUUGUACCCCCAACCCACAGACCACCGAGCAAAAUGAUAUUCGGAACGACAGCCUCCGUUAAGCGACAGCAGCAACAUGAACAGCAGCAACAGCAACAGCAGCAGCAUUCUGAGCCACCAGAAAGCUGUAGCUUUGCUCAGACUCCCGCUGUGGUUCGUGUGGACACCAGUGGCACUGCAACGGGAGCGCCGACACAGCAUACAGCAAACUGCAGUGACUCAGAGGACCAGAACGAAAACGUAAACUCAGAGGGUCUCCGGGAAGUGUCUGAAAGGAGUGCAAGGCCUCCGUUGCACCCCGUCAUUCGGCGUCUAAUCUUGUCCGUGUUCUACCGCUUACCGUGCAUAUCGCUGCGUCUCUUGGUUGAGUUGAUGGAGGCGCUAAGCGUUUGCGAUUUUGCACAGAGGGAACAGACUGAGGGCCUAUCCCCCCAUGAUAAGAGCCGUAGAUGGCACAGGCCGCUCAUGCACGCGCUGGCAAGGGAAGGCGUCCGCAAGAUGCAUCAGGCGACCUGUGACUCACUUGUUAAGUUUUUAGUACUCUUCUAUGUCGAACUAGACGGCUACGAGGUGUCCCUUGACCCUCUUAUCUACGGCAUGCAACGGUUGGCUGCGUUGGCUCCCACUGAGAGCUUGGACAACACGAAGGCCUUGAGAGGACUGUUAAUUGAGAUGACGGUAGAGGACACGCAGCGUGCUGUCUCCUAA